AUGUUAAGGGAACGCUACAACGACGCACGCAGUAAACGCUACAACGACGCACGCAGUAAACGCUGCAACGACGCACGCAGUAAACGCUGCAACAACGCACGCAGUAAACGCUACAACGACCCACGCAGUAAACGCUGCAAUGACGCACGCAGUAAACGCUGCAACAACGCACGCAGUAAACGCUGCAAUGACGCACGCAGUAAACGCUACAACGACGCACGCAGUAAACGCUGCAACAACGCACGCAGUAAACGCUGCAACGACGCACGCAGUAAACGCUGCAACAACGCACGCAGUAAACGCUGCAACGACGCACGCAGUAAACGCUGCAACAACGCACGCAGUAAACGCUGCAAUGACGCACGCAGUAAACGCUGCAACAACGCACGCAGUAAACGCUACAACAACGCACGCAGUAAACGCUACAAUGACGCACGCAGUAAACGCUGCAACAACGCACGCAGUAAACGCUACAACAACGCACGCAGUAAACGCUACAACAACGCACGCAGUAAACGCUGCAACAACGCACGCAGUAAACGCUACAACAACGCACGCAGUAAACGCUGCAACAACGCACGCAGUAAACGCUACAACAACGCACGCAGUAAAUGCUGCAACAACGCACGCAGUAAACGCUACAACAACGCACGCAGUAAACGCUACAACAACGCACGCAGUAAACGCUGCAACAACGCACGCAGUAAACGCUACAACAACGCACGCAGUAAACGCUGCAACAACGCACGCAGUAAACGCUGCAACAACGCACGCAGUAAACGCUACAACAACGCACGCAGUAAACGCUGCAACAACGCACGCAGUAAACGCUACAACAACGCACGCAGUAAACGCUGCAACAACGCACGCAGUAAACGCUACAACAACGCACGCAGUAAACGCUACAACAACGCACGCAGUAAACGCUACAACAACGCACGCAGUAAACGCUACAACGACGCACGCAGUAAACGCUACAACGACGCACGCAGUAAACGCUACAACGACGCACGCAGUAAACGCUACAACGACGCACGCAGUAAACGCUACAACGACGCACGCAGUAAACGCAACAACGACGCACGCAGUAAACGCUACAACAACGCACGCAGUAAACGCUACAACGACGCACGCAGUAAACGCUACAACGACGCACGCAGUAAACGCUACAACGACCCACGCAGUAAACGCUACAACGACCCACGCAGUAAACGCUACAACGACGCACGCAGUAAACGCUACAACGACGCACGCAGUAAACGCUACAAUGACGCACGCAGUAAACGCUACAACGACGCACGCAGUAAACGCUACAACGACGCACGCAGUAAACGCUACAACGACGCACGCAGUAAACGCUACAACGACGCAUGCAGUAAACGCUGCAAUGACGCACGCAGUAAACGCUGCAACGACGCACGCAGUAAACGCUGCAACGACGCACGCAGUAAACGCUGCAACGACGCACGCAGUAAACGCUGCAACGACGCACGCAGUAAACGCUGCAACGACGCACGCAGUAAACGCUGCAACGACGCACGCAGUAAACGCUACAACAACGCACGCAGUAAACGCUACAACGACGCACGCAGUAAACGCUGCAACGACGCACGCAGUAAACGCUGCAACGACGCACGCAGUAAACGCUGCAACGACGCACGCAGUAAACGCUACAACGACGCACGCAAGACCAGCCCUCGGACACUCACCCUCAUAGACCAGCCCUCAGAGACCAGCCCUCAUAGACCAGCCCUCAGAGACCAGCCCUCAGAGACCAGCCCUCGGAGACGAGCCCUCCGAGAUCAAACCUCAGAGACCAGCCCUCAGAGACCAGCCCUCAGAGACCAGCCCUCAGAGACCAGACCUCAGAGACCAGCCCUCAGAGACCAGCUCUCGGACACUCACCCUCAUAGACCAGCCCUCAUAGACCAGCCCUCAGAGACCAGCCCUCAGAGACCAGACCUCAGAGACCAGACCUCAGAGACCAGCCCUCAGAGACCAGCUCUCAGAGACCAGACCUCAGAGACCACCCUCAGAGACCAGACCUCAGAGACCAGCCCUCAGAGACCAGCCCUCGGAGACGAGCCCUCAGAGACCAGCCCUCGGACACUCACCCUCAUAGACCAGCCCUCAGAGACCAGCCCUCAUAGACCAGCCCUCAGAGACCAGCCCUCGGACACUCACCCUCAUAGACCAGCCCUCAGAGACCAGCCCUCAGAGACCAAACCUCAGAGACCAGCCCUCAGAGACCAGCCUUCAGAGACCAGCCUUCAGAGACCAGCCCUCAGAGACCAGCCCUCAGAGACCAGCCUUCAGAGACCAGCCUUCAGAGACCAGCCCUCAGAGACCAGCCCUCAGAGACCAGCCCUCAGGGACCAGCCCUCAGAGACCAUCCCUCAGAGACCAGCCCUCAGGGACCAGCCCUCAGAGACCAGCCCUCAGGGACCAGCCCUCAGAGACCAGCCCUCAGGGACCAGCCCUCAGAGACCAGCCCUCAGGGACCAGCCCUCAGAGACCAGCCCUCAGGGACCAGCCCUCAGAGACCAGCCCUCAGAGACCAGCCCUCAGAGACCAGCCCUCAGGGACCAGCCCUCAGAGACCAGCCCUCAGGGACCAGCCCUCAGAGACCAGCCCUCAGGGACCAGCCCUCAGAGACCAGCCCUCAGGGACCAGCCCUCAGGGACCAGCCCUCAGAGACCAGCCCUCAGAGACCAGCCCUCAGAGACCAGCCCUCAGGGACCAGCCCUCAGGGACCAGUCCUCAGAGACCAGCCCUCAGAGACCAGCCCUCAGAGACCAGCCCUCAGGGACCAGCCCUCAGGGACCAGCCCUCAGAGACCAGCCCUCAGGGACCAGCCCUCAGAGACCAGCCCUCAGGGACCAGCCCUCAGAGACCAGCCCUCAGGGACCAGCCCUCAGAGACCUCAGAGCCGUGGGUCGUCAUCAAUACGAAUGA